AUGGCAUUCAAGAACAUGAUACUAUCCAUGCUGGCAAAGUUACUGGGCCCACCGCCCGUCUGCGAAAAUGCCGUGCCGAAAAGAGUGUGUGCUGUUUGCCUGUCGAGCUUGAAUGGUGGGGAGGUGAGAGUUACACGCGUGCUGCCAUGUCAGCACGAGUUCCACGUCAUUUGCGUGGACAGGUGGCUGGCCGUGCCGUGUUUCAAGAGCACUUGCCCUGUUUGCAGGUUCUCGAUCGAUGAUUGUGAGCCAAUCGACUGUUUCUUUACUGAUGAAAUGGUUAUUUGGUUUUCUUCUUUUCAUGUUGCUGGCUUCUGA